AGUUGUGUUGUGUGCGUACAGUGUGACUUGGCACAUGUUCGGUAAAAUAUAUACUUUGCGUAGCGACUUGUCUAUUCCCGUAUUUUGUUAUUCCAAAUUCGUGGAAUUAUAUUUGUAACAGAUUACUGCGCAUAGAAAUUGCGAAAAAAAAAUGGAUGACGUGAAUAUCAACGAAAUAUAUUUGGAAGAAGUUGAGGUAGAAGUGAAUGCUGACGGAGACAAGUGGAUUCGACUGAAUUGGAAAGAAAAGACAAGCGAUAAUGACAAAGGAUCUCAGUCGACAGAAGAGGAAUCCAAUACCGAGACCGUGGUAGAGGAGACAAAAGAUAAUGACAUUAAAAAGCCGAGCACAGAAACGGAGGAUGACGGUAUAUCUGUCAUCUCGGAAAGUGACGAGGAUAACAAAAACGAAAAUGCUCUUCAAAUUUGUUCUCCAUCUAACAGCAGAACAUCUCAAGUUUUGCAAAUACUGAAAUAUAAAUCAAAUAAUACUAAGACCAAUGUUAGAAAUAUUAUAACAGCGUUUGCAGUUGGAAUUCUUUGUGGUUAUGCACUUAGCUAUAUUGUUAGUGUGCCAAUAGUUGGAAAUGAUUAUGCAGAUGCAAUUGUAACAUGUAAAAACGCAAGUGGUGACAAUCUUAGCAAGAAUGUAGAAGAAGUAAAGACCACAUUGGACAAAAUCGAAGCGCGAAUAUUAAAUAACGAAAAAUUAUUGACACAGCUGUCUCAGCUUAACAAUUUCUCCAAUCAAACAAAUAAGAAGUUUGCAGAACUGUCCAGUACUGCAGAAUAUUUCAAUGAGUCACAUCCAUUGGAUGAUUUCCAUAUAUUUAUGAACAUAUUAUCAUCGUUGACAAUUAUACAUGACAAUAAUAAUUCUUUGAAAAACGAAAUGAAUGAAACGUUGAACAUUAUAAACAAUGUAAAGACUUUUUAUGAAACACUGGUAUUAUUUGAUAACGAUACACAAAAUAUGGGUAAUUCUACUGUUUUGAAAGUUUUACAAGACGAUCGUGAUAACAUAGCCACUAAGUCCAAGUCGUUCCUGUCCAACAUAAAAAAAACAAUAAAUAAGAUAAUGUCACAUAUCCAUAAAAAAUACAUCAAGAUAAGAAACAAAUUGAACAAAAGAGUGUGCUAUCUAAAAAAUCAGUAUCCCAAUGAUAAAGGUUUAAAAUUGACUGAGAAUAAUCAGCUUUUUGAUGAUAAAUACUGUUUUCCAAAAACAUCGCGAAAGUUGAAUGAUGAAAUAAAUACCAAAGAUGAUAAAAAAUAUAAACAAAACAAUAAGAGAAAAGAACAUUACGAUCAACAGGAUAAUUCUUUCAAAAAGAAGUUGUUACAAGAUUUAGACAAUUCUGCUACUCCGAAGAUUGACGAAACUAUUACAGAUAAGAUAGACCGCAAGUCCCAAAUAUUUUGUUCGCACUCGCAGUCAGCCAAUUGUCCCGAUUAUAAUGAUAAUAUAGAUAAUAUAGAUACAGCCAAUUGUCCCGAUUAUAAUGAUAAUAUAGAUAAUAUAGAUACAGCUAACAGUGCAUCAAAAAAUCACAAAACUGAGAGUUUUUUCGUUAUCAAAAACAAAUAUGAUACAAGUACAAAACCCGUGAAGCAUAGAAAUUCAAAGGAUCAGUUUGCAGAAGAGAGAAGCAGACCAAUGGAAAAAGAUAAUUUCAAGAGGGAUGAUUUUACUAAAAAUGUCUUAAAUCACAAUAAUGCAAGUACUGAAAGAAGAGAUAUACCUCCUCAAAAGAAGGUGGAAAACCAUGAACCAAGAUCUCAAGAAGAUAAGGAAUCACAGUCUUCUCCUGAAUAUAAAUGGGAGUUCUUAAAUCGAGUAAAGUUACGUUUCGACAGAGGAUGCCGACAGUGGAAGCUUGUAAGGCAUCUUUAUACGGAUUAUGAACGUUGCAAUGAUUUAAUAACCUCUAUUAAAAAAGUAGACAAAUCAAAUAUAUAUUCGCAACACGAUUCCACUGUGUGGUUCUUCAAUGGAUUCCGUUACCAGCUGUCUUGGCUAACAUACAAAUGCGGAAUACAGAGGUCUGGAAGGCAUGGUGAACAUUUGACCGCAGAUGUAGUAUUUUUUGAUAUCGAGAAGGAAACUUGCCUUCACAUGGCUGAGUCCAUAUUGAAGAAAGAAAGUAUAAAAACGUAUUCUAACGAUUUCUAUUCUAAUUUACUUUCGAUGACUCUGAAUUCCGAUUCUGAUGAAAAGUACUGCAUACAAUGGGACUAUAUAUCACAGGACAACACAAACGAAGCAUGUGGACUUUAUAUGUUUAAGCCAUAAAUUCUACUAUAAAACUCAAGUUUUUGUAAAUAAUGAUUUAUGAUUCGUGCGAAAUUUGUAAGUUGUAAAACGGGAAGAUUUGUCGAUUCGCGCAUAUCGCAAAUCUCCGCGCUUUCCGUCGUACUAUUCGCGAAUUCCAUAAUAAUAAUUGCUGUCACCCAAAAUACAGACACAGUCUGGCAUCAGAGAUCGGCGCCUUUGCCACGGAUUUUAAAGUAUUUCUCUCUCUCUCUCUUAAAUAUCCAAGUACGUAUCUUAAUAUUUUCGCACCGUUUAGAUGUUUAUUUAUAUUUUGACAUUAUUUGCUGUUGCGAUGUGAAAACAUCUUAUUCAGAUUUGUGACGAUAUUGUAAAUAUUUAAAAAAUAUUGUAAUAAUUUGAAGAUUUGUAAGAGAACAAUAUCACACAAGUCAGUUUGACAUACCACCGUGGUAUAAGAGAUCGGUUUUUUGCAGCUUGUGAAACAUAAAGUUAGAUAAUGCUUUAAUAAUUUUACGUUUAUAUUGUAAUUUGUAGUAUAACUUAUGCAUAGUAUACUAGAGAGACGUAAAAAGGAAAACUUACGUCUAUUUUUAUUGAAAAGUAUUAUUUAACAACUAAACUUUCUUAGUUAUUUAUUAAAUCGAAUCUCAAUAAUUGUAUUAUUGAUAAAUGUUGUGUACGUAUGUGUAGAAUAUCGUAUUAUAAAAUUUGUACAUCAAAGAUGUAAAAUUUCAUAUACUACUAAUCUGUAAUUCGGAGUUAAGUUUAGAGAAUCUCUAUUAGAAAAUAAGUUCACACAAAAUACCUCAAUUUAUACUAAAGAAGUUUUUAUCGUGACAAUGAAACUACGUGUUAAAUGGUUGUCAAUAAUAAAAACAAAAACAUUAUUAGCAAUUUCACUUUUUUUUUUCUGCAAUUUCGACAAUUUGCUGUUCGCGCGCGAAGACGCGCGUUCGCGCUCCUUGUUCUCUUUCGGAAAUGCGAGAGAAAAUCUAUGUACAAAAGAUACAACAAAGUGAAUAAAAUAUACAUUUUUACAACAAAGCGAUUGUAAUUCAAGAGAAUGAAGAAAAUAAAGUUUUUGUUUUGGCGCACGUGUACUCGCUUUUCGGAGAAAGAACAAAAAAAAUAGGAGAAUAACAAACAUGUACAACACACACCAUACACAAAUCUCAACGUUGUUAUUUCGUUUGAAGAUCUAAGACGCAUUGAAACGACUCGAACUGUGUUCGAGCUAUGUAAAUAAAUAAAUAAAGGAGGCAAAAGAAUUA